CAAUUUCCGUAACUUCUUAUUGAUAUCUCUUGCUCUAAGUUCAUGUUGUAAUAUGCUCUCGCUAAAAUUUGUGCUAUUUGCUGACAAACCCCAUGUUUAUUGAAUAUGUGCUCGUGUUUUGUUUGUUUUCCGUUGUAACGUAGUGAAAAUCUUGUCUCAAUGUAUAAGUUAUGCGGCAAGUUCCUCUCAAAACCAAUGACAUUAGAUGAACUCGAUGUGCGUUUUGGCCAUUUUACUUGGCUUGCGUUGGUGAUUCGUACAUAGUCACGUGACCAAAGAGGUUUUUGGAUCAAUGGCGCCAAAUGACUAUUACAGAAAAUGUGGCACCUCCUGUUGUUGUGUUGUGCGGAACUAAAAUGCCAUCAUGUAGAGAACGCUGUGACUUUCUAUACAAUGCUACUGCCGCGCUCCAAGUGUAAAGCAACAAGUGGCUCGUGAACAUGUAGCUUGUGAAUGCCUCAAGCAAGAUGUCGUUGAGAGGCACCAAGCGCGCUUCAGGGCCGCGCGGGGAGGAGGCCGGCGCUUCGAAGCGCCGCAGGACGGAGCCCGAGGACGCUCUCUGGCAGCUCCGGCCUGUCAGCGACCUCAAGAUGUCAUCCAUAUACAAUAGAAGUGCCUCUGAGGCACCUGCCGAACUAUUCAGGAAGGAUUUGAUCAGUGCAAUGAAGCUGCCGGACUCUGAGCCGCUCACCGCGUCGGAGUACUGGGUGAUCACGGACACGUGGAAGCAGGACUGGGAGCGGGGCGUCCAGGUGCCGGUCAACCCGGACUCGCUGCCGGCGCCCAAGGUCCGGAUCACCGAGAACCCGAAGCCCCCGGACUUCCAGGAGUUUAAAUUGCCUAAAGACAAGUACAUCCACUUGAGCCGCGACGCGACGUACGCGCCAGACAAGCACACGAUCACCACCGCGCUCGCCCGCGCGGAGGCGGCCUGCUCAUACGACCUGGACGCCACCGACACCGCAUGGCUCAAGCUGCUGAACGCGGAGCGGGCGCGCGCCGGCGCCGGGCCCAUCACGGAAGACCAGCUCGAGAAGGUCAUCGAGGAGUUGGAGGUCCGGACGUGGGAUAAAAUUCAAGCCAUCAUGAAGUCGGAGGAGGGCCUAGGCAUAGAGUACGACGAGAACGUGAUCUGCGACGUGUGCCGCUCGCCCGACUCCGAGGACGGCAACGAGAUGGUCUUCUGCGACUCGUGCAACAUCUGCGUCCACCAGGCCUGCUACGGCAUCACUGUCAUACCCGACGGUCAGUGGCUGUGCCGGCCGUGUGGCGACGGCGUUCGGCCCACGUGUGUGCUCUGCCCCAACCUCGGCGGCGCCAUGAAGUGUACGCCCACCGGCCACAAGUGGGCCCACGUCAGCUGCGUCCUCUGGAUCCCCGAAGUGUCUAUAGGUUGUGCUGAAAAAAUGGAACCUAUCACAAAAAUCUCCUCAAUACCGGCGUCGCGCUGGUCGCUCGUGUGUGUACUAUGUCGCGAACGGAAAGGUGCGUGUAUACAGUGUUCUGUAAAGACUUGUAAGACUGCUUAUCACGUUACUUGUGCAUUUAAACAUGGACUAGAAAUGCGUGCAAUAAUAGAGGACGAGAACGCAGAUGACGGUGUGAAGCUGCGCUCAUACUGUCAGAAGCAUAGUGUUAAUUCUAAGAAGGAGAAGUGCCCGGGCUCCGGCUCUGACGAGGAGGAGGUGAAACGCAAGCGACGAAAGGACAUGACGUCGGAGGAGAAAAAUCAGGCGCGUGCCGCGAGGCUGCAGGAGAUAGAAGGCGAGUUCGACAAGCACGUGAGCGUCAAGGACGUGAGCACGCACCUGCUGGACGUCGACCAGGACGCCAUCAACUACAUAUACAACUACUGGAAGAUGAAGCGCCGCGCCGGCCGCAACCGGCCGCUGCUGCCGCCCAAGUCAGACGACAGCGAGCUCCUCACGCACCGCCAGGAGCAGGCCGACCUCGACAAGAUGAAGAUGUUCGUGCAGCUCAGGCAGGACCUCGAGCGUGUGCGGAACCUUUGCUACAUGGUCAGCCGCCGUGAGAAACUGUCGCGCUCAUUCUUCCGCAUGCGCGAACAGACUUUCCACAAACAAGUUGCGGUUUUAUCCGCGGACCCGACCAUUAGCGGGCCCGACUUAGCCGCUAUAAUCGAGGCCAACCACGGCCCCUCUAUUUACGACAGGUUGUAUUCCCAUCCCAAUGCUCCCGACCAUAAGAACGAUUUCGAAGAAAUGUUAGCUCGUAUCGCUCCACCCGAGUCCGGCGAUGAAAAGAAGAAGGAUCGCAACGGCAUGGUUAAAGGCGCCAAAUCGUCAAAUCCGUACAAGAAACAUUACGUAAAUGGGUCUCGGCGAAGCGGCAGCAUGUACAGCGGGUUAUCUAGUGAAGAGAGUGCUCCCGAAAUUUCACGAUCAACGCGAUUCCGCGGACGGGCAAUCGGCUCGAGCACGGACGACGACAAGAAAGCCUCUGGUUCACCAAAGAAAAAGGUGUCGCCCGGCAAAGGUAAGGGUAAAAGAUCGCCCAAGAAAAUUGAAAGGAAAAAGAAAAAGGUGCCACAGUCUAAAGCGCUGGUUGAGAGCAGCAGCGAGGAUGAAGCGCUUCAAUCCAGGAUAAAGAAAGACCGGUCACGUAGCAAAACGCUCCAACAUCUUGAAAAGGAAAUGGCAGAGGCCGUGAAGUCGGGAGCUUCGGCCACCGACAGUGACGAGCUUAUGCCCAUCCGGACCACCAGGCAACAGAACAGCAAGUUUCCUGAUAACAUUUACUCUGAUAGCAGUGAGGACUCCUCCGGCAAAACAGAUCUCAAAUCCGAUAAGGCCAAAGCUGACAAGUCCAAACCAGACAAGUCACCAGACAACGACUCUCAACAACACCUGCCUAGAACGAAGGCGGCCAUGAAAGAAUUCAUUCCAACCCAACCUGAAAAGAAGAGCCCUACUAAAAUCGCCGAGAAACCAGCUCCAAAGAAAAGAGGCAGAAAGCCAUCUAACAAAGGGGAACAGAAGACUACUCCGAUCAAAAGUAAUGAUUCUGAUGAUGAAGCUAAAAAUAAAGAAAAUAUCAAAUUUUCAAAACAAGCAAGCAAGGAUCCUUCUGAUCUUAUUGUUCCACAAAGACAGGCUGCCAAGAAAGCUUCUGAGAAUAUGCGCUCCACCACCGGCGGCAAAAAGGAAGAGGGAGUUGCUGAAAAGCCAAGCAGUGGUGACGAUACUAAACCGCCUAAACCAAAAAUACCCAUUAAAUCCAAGGGCAAAGAACUGCCUAAAGAUAUCCCUGCUAAGGUAGGGCGCAAGAAGUCUUCGAAGGAUGUUGAAAAAGAAACUAUAGCGUACGUUCCUCAAAGACAAGCUGCCAAGAAAGCAGCCGCGCAUAUCAAGGGUCUGGGCACGAAAGCGCCUGUCGCUGAAACAUCCGACACUGAUAAGAAGAAAGAGGGCGAAAAGUCUGACUCCGCGAAGCACACUCCUAAGAAAGAAGAAGGUAAAAGCUCGAAGACUCCUCAGAAGGAAAGCUCCAGUUCUUCAUCCAAUUCUAGCAGUAGUAGCUAUUCCUCAUCAUCGAGCUCCGAAGAGGAACCCGAGAAGCCAGGCCUCAAACCGACAGCCAAAGCGCGAGAAAUCAAACCCGCCAUCCGGCAGCCCUCCAUGUUCUCACCGCCGGGCACUAGACCGACCGUGGACUUGCCCUUUCUCGACAAGGUGUCAAGACCAUUGUCUUCAACUAGUGCCUCGAGUGAUUCUGAAAGCUCUCAAGGGUCGCGAUUCUCCGGUUCCGGCAGUCCCUCUCCCAAGCGACCUCGCCGACGAAGAAAGGGAAAGAGCCUCUCCACCGAUACGUCUCCUCGCAAGGCCCCUGACAAGAAGCUUAAAACUUCCGAACGGGGGUCCGAGUGCAGGGUAUCAUCACCGGCUCCUCAAGGAGAGGAACCGAGCCGAGCCGACGACGCGCGGGCCGCCACACGUGCUCGGACCAGAAGCAUUACUUCAAGCGGAAAUAUGCCUAAUAAGCCUGAUGCCCGACAGAGAAAACCAUCUAAAGACGACAACGGAUAUGCCUCUGGCUCCAAUAAAACUCCCAAAGAGGGCAGCCAGCCCCGUGAGCUUCCAACUCCGGAGCGGAAAACGGACGAGGAGGUGAAACCCGAGAUCAAAGACGAACCCAUCGUCGAAGCGAAACCCGUCAAGGGCUCCCCGCCCAAGCCCAGGACACGCGUCUCUGUCGACGAUAAAGACAAGAUCAAGUCGCCUGUUGCGGACCCGAUCUCAUCCAAACCCAGUCCUAGGAAGAGCGCCGAGUUGAAACAUAAGAGUAUUCCUAACAGACGUAUGAGUGUUAAAGAGGUGUCAAAAGAUGUGACGGUACACGAACCGCCGCGCGAAUCGGCCAAAAAGAAGAUACUCAGCAGGCAUGACGACGAAAACGCGUCUGAUGCGCGCACCGUCAGUAGUCGCUCCCCACUCAAGAAACCAGAAAUUACAGAAAAGACCAAAACGGUUGACAAAAAGAGCCCAAGGACAGUAAAUGAAUUCCAUGCCAAUGACAGGUACGCAGAGAAUGAAAAACACUGGCUCGAUAAAGCUGCCAGCCCCCUACCGCCUCCUGUAGAGAAAUUGGGCAGCCAUGACAAGUACAUGACUGAAGAUAAGCUGCUCGACUCUGACGCGGCUGACAAGAACAGCAUAAAAAUGAUCGCAAAAAUACAAGCUAACUUGAACGAAAAUAUGAUGAUCAAGUCACCAAAGACACCCAUGGACGCCCGAACGUUUAACAUAGAACCUAUAGAUGGGGAUAACCCGGUACCACGGAACAUAAGGAAGCGAUCCACGCUGGAGGAAAAGAAGUUUAUAGCCCAAGAUGCCAGCCACGUGCAGGGUGUCGAGAUUUCUAAGAGUGCAAAGAUACCGUCGGUCAACCCCUGCCGUUCCAUGUUCUCUCCGCAAGGCAAAGACAACGAGCUCGACCGGUUCGAAUUUGAAAUGUUGGCUAUCGACGACGGCUUCAACAACGAUGAGAUGAUCAAACCUUUUACUUACCCAGAGUUUAUAUUCAAGGAAGAGAAGGAGCAAGGCGUUCAGGAAACCCGGAACCUGGUCGAUAGACUACGAAUGCAACUGAGCAGCAAGAAGGCCGAGGCUCAAGACGAACAGCCACUUCACGAUGACAAAGAAAUCAGAGAUGACGAUAUCAGGAGUCCACGUAAAGGACCUGAAACUCCGCCGCCUAACAAAAACGCGGCUAUCGAUAUUCACGAACCCAAACUGUCGUCAAAUGACCUGGAACCGGUUAACCACGAGCCGCAUCCGGACGAGCUCUCGCGCAGGAAUAGCAUACAUGACAACAAAGACUGCCAACCAAUACCCAUGACAAGCAAUGAAAAAUGGCGCAACUUGCCCUUGCAGCACAACGAAGUCGAGCUACCUAACGAUAGAAAAUACGAUCGGUACAACGAAGAUUCGAAAGAGCCGGCGACCGUUCAAUCCGACAUACAAUCCGUUUCAGAGGUGGGCGACAACGUAUCACUUUCCAAGCAAAGCGAUGAUUCGCAGUCACUGUCCGUUGUCGAUCAUUCUAUUACGAGCAACGACACGAUGGCCCUGGUUCAUGAUAACUAUGAUAACAACAACUCGCAGCUUCACUCCGACUGCGCGACCAUCUCAUCGCCAUAUGUGAGCCAAGAGAAAUGGAGGGAGAACAAAAUUAUCUCGAGGCGGUCGUCCGCUUCGAGCACAUCAUCCGAAGAAUCAAUCUGCUCCCAGAAACCAGAGGACUUGAAACACGUGAAUAGCUGCGAUGCGCACAUCACAAGUCAUAUGCUGCCGGAGCUCGAGCGAUACCCGCCUUUGCCAGCGUACGGUUGCCCCGUAGAGCCUGCCAUGCCGUUGAAUCAGUAUUCGUCAUACCCACAAGAUGCGUCACCAUUCCUCAGUUCCAUGGGUUCCCUGCCGUUGUUCGGUGCCGGGGCUUGUGCUUCUGCUCAACUCACUUUACCCUCACCUGGGCCCGGUCUUUACCCACCUCCCGGCCUGUCCUACGCCAGUACUCCUCUCAUGCAACCUUUAUCUAAACCGGCGUUCCCAACGCUAUGCGCAGCGUUCACAUCUUCGUCGCAAAAUAUUGCGCUGACUACAGCUAUGAUUGCACCACCGACGCCCAAACCUCUCGACUCGCCUCGCGACGACGCUGAGCCGGUCGAUCCGCGCUCCACGAGUCCUAGUACUAUACACGUCGUCACGAGCCCAAGUGCCGACUCGACCGAGACCACCAGCAAAGCUCCGACUAAAUUAUCCAACGAUAGCAAUGAAGCCAUGCUCAGUCUGCAUGCGCAAGAAUCCAAGUCACCCAUUCCUCCUAAAGCCCCGAGGUCUAACAAGUUCUCAGGGAAGUCUCCCGGCAAAAGCCCCAUAUCACCUAAACAGAGUGAAGCGCCCAAAGGUAAUAAACGAGCGAGCAACAGGAGCAAUCGAAGCCAGAGAGGCCGAGGACGGUCAAAGAGCCGCGGCCAGGGCGCGCCCGGCUAUGACUAUUCGGGCAACUCUAUACAAAGCAAACUCGUCGGCACAGUCUACGACUUCGACGAAGAAAUUGCGAAUGACGGCGUAGAUCUUAAAGCGUUACGAGAGAGGCGAAAAUCAAUAGACGUAAGAGAUGACAGAAAGUCCGAGGCUUCGUACAAGGACGCGUCACAGUCGCCUCAGGUGUCAAGUCCGCAGGCGGCGAAGAAGACGCCGAGCGCCGAGGACAAGGGCGCGAAACCACCGACGCCCGAGCCGCCCGACCCACCCGGCUCGCCAGGCCUCAAGUCCGCGGACCGCGGGCCCGGCUUCUCGCAGGUGCACCCCGUCCUGCCCGGGCCCGUCGACAUGCGCACCUACAACCCCUCGUUCGAGGGCGCCGCGCCGCCGGUCGCCGACGCCUACCACAGCCACCUGUUGGCCUUCGCCAGCGGCACCGCCGACCAGCAGUUGCCCGACAUAGACGAGGACCUCGAGAAACAGCUUCACUCCGAGCUGAUGGCCAGCAAGCCGCGCCCCGGUUCCCCUGCACCGGCUCAACUGACUCAGUCUGCGAAAGAUACCUAUACGCCUAACUUGCCCAAAGUGUCGCUAUCGGACUCUAGGAACCAACUCAAAGUGAAAAUCAAAGGGCCGUUCCUGGACGCGAACUACUCGAGCUCGGUGACGCCGGUGGCGCCGCAGCCGCCGCCGCCCGUGCUAGACCCCGGCGUCGGCAUGGCGGCGGCCGGCGGGCCCUCCUCCAUGAUGACCGGCUCCACCAAUCUACGGCGCAUGCGGAAGAAGGAGCUGCUCCGCCAGUACUGGACGCAGGACAUGAACAUGGACGACCCGGCGGCGGGCGUGUCGCUGGUAGCCGUCCCGCCGCCGGCCGCGCCGCCUCCUAUCGCCCGCGCCGUCAUCACCAUUCCCAAAGCCGUCGCUUCCAUGACCAGUAUACCCACCCGGGACGAUUACAAGAAUGACGCGCCCGUGGAAAAGAAGAAACGAAAGACCACGAGCGGUCUCUCGAGGGAGCUGCGACACUUGGAAGUGAGCAUGAACGACGACGUGGACCCCUCCGAGGACACCAAACUAUCGACUCUGGCCGGCCCCGCUGUCUCCACGCCGGUGCACAAGCGGCGCGGCCGCGUCACUAAGCCGCCGCGGCCUGCCAGCUCGCCGGUCGCACCUAAAAUCAAAAUAAAAAUUGGCUCCAACAUAGUCCAACAGGUGGAGGAGCCUGUCGGCUUCCAGUUCCGGCCGCCCAAGAAGCGACUGCACACCUCCGUCCCCGCCACACCCAGCUUCGAGGAUCUGCGCCGCGAGAGCAUGAAGUACCGGCGCAUGGUCAUGGCAGACUUCGAGGAGGACGAGAAGACGAAGAAGGUGAAACCCAGCAAAGCCGAGAAGAGGAAGCGCAAAAAGGACAAGAAAUCGGAAAAGGAGAAGUUACAAGUGGUGAACAGUGAGAGUGAAAGUGGUGCCAAGUUGAUAAUAAAGAUUAAGCGCACUAAAGAGGAGGAAGCGGCCGCGGGCGGCGCGGCAGCGGCGGCGGCGGCGGCGCCCGAGCCCCCCGUGGACCCGUUCGAGUACGACCCCACCGCGCCCGACCCGCUCGCUAUCGACCCGCCCUCGGAAGCUUCCUCUGGUAUGCGCAAUAAAAUACGGACCGCUAAAGUGACGCCUAUUCGGUUAAAACUGGCGCGGAGCUCGCAGGGCUCGGGGUACGUGAUGAAGGACUUGGAGGGUGCGUCCACCUCCGCCGACGCUACCUCCCCCGCGCCCGCUCCCGCGCCCGCCCCCGCACCCGCGACGUCGGCCGCCGCGCAGCCGCUAUCGCUUACUGUCAAUAAACACUGUGAAGUGAGGUGAUAUAAAAAAAAGAACGCGCUUUAAACAGUGAUAGCGACACUUUCUCGAGCGUGAAUUUCUGUACAGAAAAUUUUAACUAUAGUGUCUGUAUAUUUUUAAAUAUUACAUCUUCUUUAUAACUAUUUAUUUGUAUAAAUGGAAAGCUCAAUGAUUAACUUAAAGUUACUCUAAGAUUUAUAAUAGUUUUGUGCAUUGUGUGAUGCACAAGUAAAUCUUAAUAUAGUACAUAGCUUAUAUAUUUUUGUUAAUGUUACUGUUUUACUUUGUGCCUCUUACGGAAUCUCAUUAAUUUUGACGUAUGUGUAAUUAAUUAAAAUAUUGAAGUUAGGUAUUACAUAUAUUUUUCAAAAUUGCAUAGUUAUCUAUCACAAAUACACAUCACACGGUUAUUCAGUCUCUAUACAUUUAUUGAUAUGGCUGAUGUGAUUGACUUUUCACUCAAAAUUUAAUUUAUUAGAGUCAAACCACAUUAUUAUUAUAAGUUUUAGAACAAUUUUAUGUAUGAUUGUACAGUAAAGUGAUUCAAUAUCCGAAAGAGCCAAAGUAAAUCGUUAUGUGGGUGCUACAAGUCGGGUUUCAUUUUGAUCAUGUGCCGGCCUAAUAGUUAUUUGUUUAAAACCUUUAAUUUAGCUGCUGUAUAUAUAUAUAUAUAUAUAUAUUAUAUAUAUAUAUAUGCUAUCCAGGAACAGGCUCAUCCUCAUCUCUACAUACUAAUUUAACUAAUUAUUAUAGAUGGAUGAAGAAUGGGUCAUGUCGUGGAAAGCACUAUCUCUCACCAGCUCUUUUGCUUCGAUAAGUAGAUAAAUGGAAAUAAUUUAAACUAGUAAAUAAUUAUAAAUAAAUAAAAAUGUCAACUAUCUUAGUAUUGAACAAUAUUCUAAAGAUAUGUAGGUAACGCAGAAAUUAUGUAGAUGACACUAUUCCAUGAUCCCUUGUUUGUCAGCACCUUCAGAGUUAGCACGGACCAUUUUCAUUGCGUUCCUUUUCAAAAGAGAAUCGGUACAGUAGGUUAUUUUAUUAACACCCUUUUGCACUGUAUUUUAAAUAUAAAUGGUAAACCCGGAGACUGAUAGCUGAACGUAUUUUAAAUACUUUUUAAAUAAUGUUUGUGUUAUAUAAAAUUAAUUUUCUGUAUUUAUUAUUACUAUUUAACUGUAUGCAAAUUAAAUCUCAGAAUAAGAUGUUUAAACUGUCCGCGUUUGAUCAUUGUAUAAAUAAUCAUUAUUUGGAAUAAGUAUAUUAACUUUUACACAUGAAUCGUAUUUAUUAGUAUAAUUAUUAUUUUUUAUAUUCAAGUGGUUAGCCAAUCUCAUCGCCAGCCUUUAUUUAUUUGGAUAGCGUAUCGCACAUGUUUUACAUAAUUUCAUCAAUUAACUUAUAGACCCGGUUUUCACCAAAGAAUAAAAAUCCAAGUUACUCUUUGAAUGCGGGCAUUAUUGAAACACGGUUCUAUAAAACAAAAUAAACUGGCUCACUAUUACCUUGUUAUUAUAUGAAUAAAUAAGGGGCACGAACGGUCGAUAUCUGCAAUACACUUGGCUCAAAAGGUGCAGGCGCCGAGAAAGAAGUGUUGCGCAGGGAGCUACACUCAGUGGUCGUAUGCAGUAUAAUCGCAACCUGUGCCUCUCGCGUCCGAUGGCCCAUAUGACAGUUCAUUUAUAUGGACUAGCUGGCACGUAAUAUCUAUGUUGACAUUUUUUGGAAGUUAGCACACUUAUUUAUUUAGAUAUAUUAUAUAUAAGUAAAGAGAAUUUUAAAUAGAGAGUUACUGACAUUUUAAAUUUGUAGCUACAGCACAUUUACUGCCAUUUUUCGACAGAAGAUUAAACCUGUUAGAAGACCAUUUGACUUUGAUCAUUAUUCUUUCACUAAUGUGUUAACUUGUUGAAUAUUAAUAUUAACGCCAUCUACUCGAGAGUAGGCUAAAGGUAUCGUGCAAUCUUUUCGAGCGAUGGCACUAUAACCUUUGACCUACAGUCGAGUAGAUGGCGUUAAUUUCAAUAUUUAACUAAUUAAAACAUCAGUGAAAGAAUAAGGAUCAAAGUCAAAUGGCGUUCUAACAGUUUUAAUCUUCUGUUGAAAGAUGGCAGUAAAUUUACAGUGGCUACAUAAUUUACUUUGACAAUCCGCCUCUAUACACUCUAUUCUCUUUGAUAUAAUAAAACUUCGGUACUAUUUUUUUUAAAUUAACCUCACCCAAAAGAGGGUCGAAGGAACUGUGAUAGGGAUCAUCAUUCGACGCGAGAGGUAUAAACAGCCUAAGUCAUUUGAAAAUAGAGGGCGAUAAUACAAUGUAACUUUGUAAAAGUGAGCCAUUCCUUCCGUAUGACGCUCGGCGCGGUCCCGUUGUACAAUGAGAGCAAUAAGAUUUCAUUUGUUACAAUGCUAGGCGCCGGAUGGUCGGGAACUCACCUCGCGAUGUGUUAUGAAACUUAAAUAUUAUUUCCUCAACGGUUUAGCUCGAAGCUCUUUCUUCAGUGUUCGUUUGUGGUUCGCAAGUGCUAACAACACAAAUAUAUUUUACUAGCGCCCCACCCCGACUUCGCGCGUAAGAAAACCUUAACAAAUUAUACCUUCCUCAACAAUCACUCUAUUGAUAGGUGAAAACCGCAUGAAAAUCCGUGCAAUAGUUUUUGAGUUUAUCGCAAACAUACAUACACACAGACAGACGCGGCGGGGGACUUUAUUUCAUAAGGCGUAUAGUGAUAACGUACCGUCCGGAAUGGGGGUGGCCGAGAUAAACACGUUUAGCCUGACAAUUAUUUUGUUGAAUUUUUGUACUCUAUGUUUAUUUGUAAAUUGCUUUAAAACUUAAUUCUAUAGUUGGUCAAACCAAUUUGUCAGUCAGUAAGAACCAGGAAAACUAUACUCAUCUGUUUCUUUCGGGUGCUAGUACUAGUGUAAGACAUAGAUAGUAUGAUUCUCUCUGUCUAUGAUUGAAAUGAGACAGUCCUUUGACAAACUAUAUUUAUUAAACCAAUUCUGAACAUGAAGUUGUUUCUACUAAUUACUCGUGUUUUAGAUUGGCGCUUUGUAUACUGUAUAAUUAUCCACAUGUUAUCGUUCGUGUUUCAGGAUUAAAACUAAUCUGCAGAGUACUUUUUGCGCUAUUUACUUAAUACAUUUACCGCUUGAAGUUUAGUGCUUCUGCAGAGUUCUUUUUAAUUCUAAAAUAUCGAAGUGUAAUCAACGGUCAAAUUAAUGAGAAUGCGGUGGGGAAAUCGAAAGCGAUAUACACGCCUCCAUAGAGAAAGUUUGAAAUAUUGAGGGUACUAUUUUUUCAAAUUGUUUAGCAUUUGAAACUGUCUAAUGACUAAUUUGGCCGUCAGGUUCCGCCACAGUUAUUCACGCACCCGAUCAUCGUAAAUUAAAAAUGUUGUUAGCACUUAAAAUACCGUCGGCGGGCACUCACUCUCAAUAUUAUCAUUAUUGUGUCUUUCAUUUAAUCGGUACUGUGAAUUUGACUGAUGUUUAUUUGGUUGUAACUGUCAUGAGCAGGUUUUGUGCAAUAUUCGGCAAUACUCAAUCGCAUAGUCAACGUUGUAUGCCUGUAAACUCGUGUUAGGUUUAGGACUCGUAUGGUUAAGUAUUUGCCAGUUUUAUUAUGUUUCGGAGAGAAUCGGCAUUUCAAAUGAUAAGGUCAGGGUUUAAAGUGUGGCUGAUUUCGUCAUAUGGUCUAUUCCGUUCACUAGCGUUUUUCUCGAACAACAUUGAUAAUUUCGUGGACAAAGCAGUGCUUUUAGUUUCAGCAAUCUAAAGCAAAUGGUUUUUUCCUACGAUUGAAAAUCAAAGAAAUAUACGUUCGUGGACGGAAUAGUCCCUAUGACGGAAAUAGCCGCAUUGACCUUAAGGCGUUUGACAGUGAAAUAAAUCUGUAGGGCCAAAGCUAUGUGUGGUAACUGGAUUAUCAAACAUUUAUUAAGACAAUAUUGGCAGUAAAGUUGUAUCUAGUUUACCCGUCUUAACGCAUUCACUGCCAGGGGGCGUGGCCUAGGAACAAACUUGUAUGACGGUGGACGCAUAUGUGCGUCGGGGGCAGUGAAUGUGUGAACGCCGCAUUAAACACUAAGUACUUAAUGUUGCUUAUUGUAAACAUUGAAUGUUUUUAGACAUUUCUAAUUCCUUUUUUUCCUAGCUAAACUUGGCACAAGAGAUGAUUUCAAUAAAUAACAUAACAUCAUAACAUGUCAUGUAAUGAUAGCAAGGCUCUGUAAAGUUCAACAACUGCAAGGUUGACCAGAAGCUUCACGUCGAGUUAA